AUGGCGGAAGAAGAAGUAAAACGUCUGCCAGUGGUGCCGAAAUGCUGUGCCAGCGGGCAGAACCUCAGCGUCAGCUACGAAGACGGGAAGGUCAAGUCCGUCUGCUCCCGCUCCAGCCUGACCUUCCAGCCCAUCUUCUUCAAGGCCAACGAUACCCACAUGUGGAGCUACGACAGCAACCUCUACGAGACCCUCGUCGGGAACCCUUGCAGCUACGACAGAUACCCAUUAGAACCGGACAAAUUCAGUACAGAUGAGUUCUACCUCCUCGUGAAUGGUUCUUUGUUUGUGCCAUACAACAACCCGCCUUUGUUGGGAACCCGAGACUUUUGUAUGGAGACCUUCUAUAACGAGUCGAACCCAGCCGGGGUUACUUUGCCAUUGGUGUGCUUUACUUCUCCUAUGGAAGAGACUAAGACUUCUGCUACAUUAAUAGCAUAUGCUACUGGCCUAAUAAUAUCCGUACCGUUCCUGAUAGCCACUGCCUGUGUGUACACUUUCAUCACGGUACUCAGAGACACACACGGCAAGGCUCUGGCGUGCCAUACCAUCUGUCUGGCAAUCGCGUUCUUGUGUCUGGCAACGACACAACUGGCAGGGCACGCAUUUCCAAAUGGUGUUUGUACUACUAUGGCCUACCUCAUCCAAUUCUCGUUUGUAUCGUGCUUCUUCUGGUUGAAUGUGAUGUGCUUCGAUACGUAUUUGAAUGUUAGGCGAUACAUUAACUCUUCAGUGAGCAGAAGAAGCAUGCGUCGCCGUUUCGCGUGGUACUGCGCGUACGCUAUACUCCUGCCCGUGGUUUUGCUCGUGGUCACCGUGGUGAUGGAGCUGUCGCCCGCUGUGCCCAGCACUUAUCUUAAGCCCAACUUUGGAGUCAAAGGCUGUUGGUUCAAAACGGACCAGGCAGCGUUGCCUUAUUUCUAUGGACCAGUUGCUGUGAUCCUCAUCAGCAAUCUAAUUAUAUUCUUCUUCACAUCGAGAGCCUUUGCAGUACAUUACGACAAACUAAAAGACAUAACACCAUUAGACAUGGCGCACUCAGACUUCAGCACGUCAGACGACUGGGUGCGCCUGGGCACGGUGCUGGGGCAGACGAUACCGGCGCACGAGCGGCCGUCGUCGCCACCAAGAGACUCACAGGACAACUUCAACCAGCGGCUAAAGAAGUAUAAGAAAAUUUUCCGAACAUGUUGCAUGUUGUCGGUCAUCAUGGGCCUGUCAUGGGUGCUCGAGGUGGUCUCCUGGGCGGCCGGGCAGGGCACCACAGCCGUCUCUGUGUGGUCGGUGUUCGACCUCAUCAACGCCUUGCAAGGAGUCGUCAUCUUUGCGAUCUUUGUGCUACAGCAGCCAAUCAGAUCGCAUGUGAAGGCAUCAAUGUUCUUCAGGAGCUGUCGAAGGAAAACCAACGGUUCUGAAGUGUCCGUGGUGAGUGACAGAAACAGUAUCAUAAGCCCAGGCAGGAGGGACUACGUUUAGUUUGUCCACGGACUACUUUGUGAUCAGUGCGUUUCACGACAUUUCGGGCAAAAAAGUGCGUGUUUAGAGAAAAGAACAAUAUUGUAAGUAGGUCUCGCUUUCAGACGUCGAGAGAAUACGUUAAGUUUGCCCGCGGACUAUUUUGUGAUCAGUGUAAUUCGUAUUUCGUGACAUUUCGGGCAAAAUAGUGCGUGAUUAGUACAGUUAAAUGAACAAGAAAUGAGACUCGCUACAAACGUGUGUGUACUUGUGUGAAGUGGUUAUAAAACAAGUGAAGAUUGAGACUGAUAAGUGCAGUAUUAUUCGCUAGAAGGUCGAGUGGUCUGAUAUCAAAUGCAAUUGCGAAAACGGAUUUAAUGACAUUAUUGUGGA